UAUAAAAACAAAGUGAUUUUCGUGUUUCAGACCAAGUAGACACAUUUGCGUCCGCAUUGCAAUCAGGUGUAAUUUUUUUAAUUUGAAGUGAUAAUGCAUCGAUGUUGUUUAAUUACGUUGCUUUGCCUGCAGUUAGAACUGCAAAGUUGCGCAUUUGGUUAUUAUCGUCAAAAAACUCGCAAUAAUGUAUGUAAAAAUUUUAAAGAUUAUAAUUAUAUUGAUACUAGUCCUAAUUGUUGGUAUAAUCCUGACGUUGAUGCCACCGUUCCUGAAAUGAUAAACAGGAAUAAUUACCCUGUUGAACGUUACCAAGUGGCUACAGCAGACGGUUAUAUUUUAACAUUAUUUCGAAUCCCAAAGAAAGAGAGUAAUAAGGGUGUCGUGUACUUACAACAUCCGUUGACUGCUGCUGCCAACGUCUGGGUAGAUAAAGGGAACAAGUCGUUGGCAUUUCUUCUUUCUGAUGCUGGAUAUGACGUAUGGAUGGGACACUUUAGGGGUACAAUUUACUCCAGCAAACAUCUCCGUUUGCCUACCACCAGUAACGCUUAUUGGAACCAUAGUUUUCAUGAAAUGGGCAUGUAUGACCUUCCCGCGCAAAUUGAUUUAGUUAAGAAAUACAGUCACACAAGUGACAAAAUAUAUUAUGUGGGUCAUUCGAUGGGUACCACUGCGGCCUUCAUAUACAACGCAUUACUUCCCAAACAUGCCGAAAAAAACAUAAAAGUUUUCGUAGAAAUGGCACCAACUGCGUUUCUUGGGAAUUCAAAUAUUUUAAUGCAACAUAUUGCUUUUCUAAGGCAACCAAUAGUAGAUAUCUGCGAACAGUUUAACUUCAUGAACCUGUUUAACCAUAAUGGAUUUUUUCAUAAUUUUGCUAAAGGUUUUUGUCUUUAUAAAGAUAACUUAGAAAGAUGUGCCAAGCUUGUUAUUUUCUUAGGAAUGGGACCAAAUUAUGGGAAUCAAAUGCCGUUACCUAAUAGGAAUGGUUUCCUAUUAUGCUGCAUCAAAAUUUUGCGGGAUUUUCCAUAAAGGUUGUUUCCCAUUAUUGGCAACAUACAGUAACUGAUAAGUUUAAUUUUUACAAUUACGGAAAACGGAGUAAUAUCAUUGCGUAUGGU